GGCGGAGGCGCGGCGGCGCUGAGGGGAAGGGCGGCCGUGUGGGCGUCGGGAGCUAAGCGGGGACAAUUGGAGUGUUGAAAACAUCAGAAAACAAGAUGUUUGCAGCUUUACAGUAUCACUCGACAGACUACUUAUAUGAGAGCAUGGCAAGGCAGAAGUUUUCCAUCUGGAGAUUAUCACUUUGCUUUCCUCCCUGUUUAUAUCAAGAUGAAAAGUAUCAUCUCACAGGACUCUUCACUGAUGAUAAGUAUAGGAAGCCAUGGACUAGAGUUACUACAACACAGAACAUGAUCACUAUUUCGGUAUUGGAUCAAUGGAAGAAAAGUUUACCUGUGGAGGAUUUCCUGGAAAAGAAACCUAUCUCCUCUGUAGAGCUCCACAUUAGUCAUGAAUUAAUGGAAGUUAUUCCAAGUUCAAAUCCCUGCUCUCAGACUGACAUAGAAGAACCCUUUUUACUUAUGAAUAAAAUUUUUAAGGAAGAAUCCACCCAAGAAAAAUAUUUGAAGAUUUACUAUGUCACUGAAUUUAAAGAACCAUGGCAAGAUUUAUAUUUGGAAGAGGAAUUUACUUUUAUUGAUAAUCUUGAAAAUUUUCGUAAAAACCUGCCAACUUUAUCUAUGCUUCUGAGCAGAUUACAGUUUUUUUUAGUGAAAGAUCCCCUUUUAGAUUCUGAAGGACAGAUUUUAACAGAAGAGAACAUUUUCAGAGAGUGUUUGAUUUUCCAAAAUGAAAUGAAGAUGGAAGAGAGUAAAAAUGAAUUGCAGGAGAUUAAAGAGAACUUCUGCACUAUACCUAUAAAAGAGGAAGAGUAUUUCAUGUUGCCUCUUGAGUUAGAAUUCAGCAAACCCAGCAAUGGCAGAUCUGAUUCUGCUAAGAUUCCAUCAUACUUGGAAUUGAACGAGUUGUUAAAUGUGACCUCAGACACUAUGGCUGAUGAAGACCUGUGCAAAGAAGUGAUCAAAGAACAUCUCAAAGCAGAAAUUACAUACAACAUAGAAAUUUCCAAGUACUGUCCCAUUCCACAAGAGGUUUGCUCCAGUAAUAGCACAAGUAUGCUGGAAUUCUGUGAGUCAGAGCAUCAGACUGUUAACCUUGUGCCUCAGCAUCAUUCACUGACAGAACUGCAAGAAAUGCUACCAGUUGAGACAGAAGCACCAAUGCUUAGCUCUCUAGAGAAGGGCUGGUGGCUUAAUUUGGGUUUAAAUUCAGCAGCCAUAGAAAUUUUGGAGCAAUUAAAUAUGGAUGACAGUAAUGCAAACAGUUUAAUUCCUACAGAAAUAGAAAAAUUCACACAAUUUACAUCGUAUCAGUUAGAAAAAUGGCUUGAAGAAAAUUCUGUGAUAAACCAAGAGCUGCUUUCUGCUGAAAGACAUCAGAUGGACAAAGUAGUAAACCCUGACUUGUCGCUGCAGACUCAAAGGCAGUAUUUUGCCCUGCCUAUGAGUGCUGUGUCAUCUGCCGAAAUUCACAGCACAAAUACAUCUGGGGGAGAGCUUACUGGAGGAAACAACAGGAAGAUUAAGGUAGAAGAGGAGAUUCGUUUCUUAAACCAAGAAAAGAAAACUCCCAAACCAUCUGAAUCAGUCAGCUGUAAAGGUGUAUCUUCUAAAGUACACAGCUCAUCCUGUAGUGAAAAGCCUGCAUCAUUUGCACUUGCUACAAAAUGGGACAACGAUGAUUCUGAUCUGAACAACUUUAUCAUGAUGAGAUCCAAACAUACACUCAGACAAAGAGAGGAAAAAAAUUAUGUAGAUAGACCUGAAAAAGUGCUACAACCUGAAGAACAGCAUAUGCAUGUUUACAAAGAGGAUGACUCUGUUUGUGAGAUUGUAAAAAUAGAGGAAAAACCCCAAGAGAAUGAGGAUGGUAUCACAGUCAAUAUUCAAGCAUCAGAAAGCCAAUGCCAGGCAUACUGCCUCUUGGAAGAAGCAGCCAUUCCUGUACUAAAAGAUUUGACGCGUCUGGGUGUACUUGCUUCUGUAAAUUGGAGCUUUGACAGUGUUAAGUUUGAUCAUACAAGGUUUUUCUUAAAACAGCAAGAGAAAGUAGUGUGCGAUAAUUUUGAACAAGGUAAAAUAGAUGAGAAGGAGAUCAUGCUGUUCAGACAUGCUGCUCUGGUACAUCUGCUGGUGACAGUUCGAGAUCUGCUAUUGUCAUGCGGCUUCGACACAGCACUAGGUUAUUUGUCCAAGGCAAAGGAUAUCUAUAAAAACAUCUUAGAAUCCUGCUUGAGUAACAUCUGGAGGCAGUUGAAGAUCGUACAGUACAGCAGCCAGAAAAAGCAUGAAACAAAUCCCAAAAUAACAGCUCUUCAGUGUGAAAUGUUAAAUUGGAUGAAAAGUUAUGGAGAGAAACACAGUGUUAAGAUACUAAUCAUUAUAAGAAUGGACUCGGGAAGAGAAAAAGCAGCCCUCAUUCACCCGUUAUCUAGAGUAGAUGGUUUAAAAGCUGUGGAUUUGAAUUCUGAGAAAAAAGGAACUCUUUUAGCUUGUAAAGAUAUCAUAAGCAACCUUAGUAGAUAUUCCUGCAUUAUUGUACAUAAUCAGCAAAUUGGAGCUGACUUCCCUUGGUCACACUUCUCAUUAGUAAUGGAAUAUGAUUAUUCUGAAGAUUCUUGCUGGAAAAAUCUGUGCAAAAAUCUGAAUGUUGCUUACAUAACUUUUAAAACUACCUUCCCUGAAACAAUACAAAUGGGGAAUCACAGUGAUUCUUUUCUUCUGGAAGUACAGAUUCCAUAUGUAUUUCUGACAACUGAAGGGCUUCUCAAUGUGCCAGAUAUUCUUCAGCUUUUUGAAUCCAAAUACAGCAUUACCUUUGUUGAAAGAACCAGUAGUUACUCCUUAAGGCUCUUUGGAAGUAUAGAUCGAUAUGUGGUGUUGACAAUAGAUGAAUGUACUGCUAUCUUUUUGCAGAGUGUGGAAGAACUUAAUUAUGAGAAUUCCUGUGACACUUUAAUAUCGAGGCUGAUGGCAUUAUCACUCCAAUACACAUGCUGUUGGAUUGUUUUCUAUUCCAGAGAGAGAUUGAGUUUAGAGUACAGUCUCAAGGGAGAUACUCUGCUUAACCUUGUCUUACUUUAUGCCACUCUAAUUGAGCUUACACAGAAGUCAGAAGAGUUUGAAGUGAAGGUAGUUCUUAUGCCGGGGAUUGAAGAGACAGCACUGGUAAUUCGUCAGAUUGCUGACAACAUUUUGAUAGCGUCUAAUAUCAGUCCUCAUGAGUGGCUGGACAAAUCCUGGCUUUCUGUCUUGCCGUCUGAGACAGAGAAAUGCCUGCUUACUUUUCCAUGUAUCAACCCUCUGGUUGCUCAGUUUAUGUUAAAGAAAGGAUCUUCACUGAACAGGUUGUUUCUUGCAAGCUGUGAUCAACUGCAGGAACUUCUACCAGAGGUUCCAAAAAAAGUUUUAAAGCAUUUUAGUGACAUAAUGUCUUCAUGCAACCUAAAUGCUGGUCCACUAGAAAAAACAGUGCAAGGUGCAUCACAGCCAGAAAACCGGAAUGACCUCAACAAAAUCUGUCCUGAUUAUAAGCAAAAUCAGGCUUUAGAGCUGCUUGAUAAGGCCCUAAACAGCACAGGAACAUCUCAUAUGGAUUCUGAAGCCUUAAUUCCUCCAUUGAAUCAUUGUAAGAGUUUUUUUAAGUCUGAUCUUCCAAGCUGUAUGCAAAAGAAUGCAUGUUCUUCAAAUGUAAUUACAAGGAGGAAGCAGAAUUUCUUUGCUGUAUCAAAGGACUGUGAAGAUUUUGCCCAUCUAGAUGUUACAAAUUCUCUUCAUGUUCAAAGACAGCCGUUCAGGAUACAGGAUGGCUCUGAUCCUUCUUCUAAAGACUCUGAAAAAGAGGAUUUCUUUGCAACUUUCGAUGUCUGUGAACCUCAGGAAAGCUCUAAGAGUUUUCUAGAAGAAUUUAGAGAUACAUUUAAAAUCCCUGAAAUUCAGGUUGACCAGGCCCCAUGGAAUGACUCUUCAUCCACAGGCCCAUGUAAUUCAUUUGCGUGUGAUGGUUUCCUCUCUGACUUCUUUGUUGACACGGAUGAGCUUCAAAAUCUGAAUUUUAACCAACUGGGUAGAGAAUCUAAAGGAAAGAGAAAAAAAAGGCCUCCAUUCUUAUGGACAAAAGAAAAAAAUAAAACAGAUUCAGGAUUUCCAGAAAUACCAGAGUUCAAAAAGAGGAGACUGACAUAUGAAAGAGUUCCUGGAAGAAAUGACGGACAAACACGUCUUAAAUUCUUUUGAAUGGAAUGGGGAUUUGCAUAUUACAUUUAUUUUUUUAAAUUCCUGAAGUCUUUGAAGGAAAAUAGAUUAAUUUUCAUUGUUGUUAAUUUUUAGAAAGAAAUUAGGGUUUGGGAAUCCUUACUAGUUCAGGAUUCUUUUGUAUGUUUUUAAAGUUUUACUAAACAAACUAGUUCCUUGAAGCUUGAGAAUUACUGCUUCUUUGUUUGUUCUCAGGGGUGGUAUAAAGGUACUUUAUCACUCUUCACAUAAAAAAUAAAAUAUGAAUGG